AUGGACAGCACCAAAAAAGACAAGGGCUUCUUGCCUGAAAGCUACUCGGCAUUGCAGCAAAUAUUACGUGAACUUGCACUUCCCAAGACUAGAGACCGUACUCAGCACCCUAGAAAAGAUAUCGGCAGGUGUGAUGUAAUAAUCUGUGCCAUGGCAUCUCCUGAUAAAUACCUCUCACUUUUGCUGGCUGGUGGCAAGCAAUGCCCAGGUCGAAUGAUGCUCUGCCUAUGCCCAUCCUGGGUGUGCAGAUCCCCCUCCAGCACCCAAUCAGGCCUGUUCUCCCUGUUUAUCCUGAAGGCUGUUACCUUUGAGGCUGGGGGCUAUACUUACCUGGAUACCUUCAGUUCUCCCUGUCGUGUCACAUACCUCCUAGAGGAUGGCUCCGUGGGACCCUCUGUGGGGGAGGGGCUGGACUGCCUGACCUGCGGCUCUCCCCAACUCAAUACCCUCACUGAGGAUGUUCUGUUGAACUACCAGCUCUUGGGGGGGAAGGGGGUCCCUCUCCCUCCUAUGCUGGCCCUCUCCUAUCGCCCUCCAGAGGGGUUAGUCUCCUCUCACCCUUCCCUCAUGCUCCACCCUACACAAGAAAAGGAAGACCUACAGGAAUCUAUGGAGAAGGUCAUCAGUGACUUUCUUCAACGGCCAGAGGUACAAGGUUCUGACAAAGUGUUGGUGCAGCUCUCCACCUCUGGCUUGGGCUCCCAGGAGAGUGCUGCUGUGUUGAGUCGAGAGGACAGGGAGGGUUUGCUGAGAGCUGCUGCUGCCCUGGUCCCACAGAUGAGAGAGGGAGAGGCCAUUCUGCUGACAGCCUGCUACCCCUCCAUUCAACCUCUCCAAAGAACUAAGGUUAAGAACUCACUAUUCAAAGAACCCACCGUGAGGAAGGAACAACUCUCCCUUCGUAUCAGUGCCCAGGUGUGUCGCACACUAGAUGACCAGCCUCAAGUGACUCAGAUGUUGUGUUGGGUUGACAGAGCAGAGACCCACCCGAGAGCUGGUCCCAGCAGACUGCAGAGCCUGGAGGAAACUUUAAGAGACUGGGGCUUGUCUCAGCCUGAUGACAUCAUUUCCUCCCUUGAGAAAUGGGCAAAGACAGCCCUGCAAGCUAUUAUGGACCACCAGUCAGAGUUAGAGGUCACAGAAAAGGGGGGACCUCAUGCAAGGACAGAUUUGAUUGGAGUUGAUUUUUCCCUGGGAAAAAUGGACGGUGAGCUGCAGCCUUUCCUCCUUGGCAUAAACAAUGUUUCAAGGGGAAUGUUCAGCACUCCAAAUGACCUUCUCCAACCUCAGCUGUCAACCUCAGCUAUCGAACCCCUGCUACAGACCAUAUGUCAUCACUCACACUGCUCCAUCCUGGCUGGAAAGACUCUGCUGUUUAUCGGAGCAGGGGCAUCAAAAAAACUAAGAGUCUUUGAAACAGCAAAGCAGUAUGGCAUAAAGAGUGUUCUUGUCUGCUACAAGGAGCAACACCCAGCGUAUGACUAUGUCUCAGAAUAUUUGGUCUACAACUACAUGGAUCACACACAAGAUGAAGUCCACGCCGAGAACAUUGUGUCUCUGCUGGAAAAGAGGGGUUUGCAAGCAGAUGGCUGUUUAACUUUCAUCUGCAAAAACACAAUUCUCUGUGCUUUGGUGAGGGCCAAACUGGGCCUGCCAGGAGAUACAGUGGAGGCCAUCUCUAUCGCCAAGAGGAAGAGCCACACCCAGAGGCAUCUGGCUGCCAUAGAUCAGGGCUGGUGUCACCUGCCUGCCCCUAGGCAGUAUACUGUCCGUUCUGAAAACUUUGAGAACCUGACUGAUCUUACCAGAACUGCUGAAUCUUUUGGAUUCCCUGCUGUGGUGAAGCAAGAGUAUGGAGCUGGUUCUGUUUCUGUGAAACUGGUGGAAAAUGCUCACCAGUGUGAGGAGUAUGUCCAAGAAAUGAUGGCCCUGACAGCCUUGGAUCCUAGUGGUGGCUUUGCAUCUAGUCCAAUGAUUAUGGAGUAUCUUGAAGGUCCUAAGUACGUGGUGGACUUGGCAAUCUUUGAAGGAAGGUUGCACUUGGCCUUCGUGUCCUGGUGUGGUCCUUCUGUCUUGCCGUACUUCGUCAGCUCCUCCCACCUUAUGCCCUCUGGGGUCAGCCAGGAGAAGGAGGCCCAGAUGGUGGCUGCUGCCUAUCAGAGCUGUCUCCACUGUGGUCUGGAGAAUGGAGUCUACAAUGUUGACCUCAAACUCACAGACCAUGGGCCCAAACUCAUAGAAAUCAAUCCACGCACUGGGGGGAAUUUCCUUCCCACUUGGAUAAAGGAAGUGUUUGGUGUUGAUAUCUUCACAGUUGCUUUCCUGAUUGCCUGCAACAUACAGCCUCAGGUGUGGACACCUCAGCCAAGAGGACACUUUGUUGGCAUAUCUAGUCCGAUAAAACAGCACUUUCGUGCAAAGGAGAAGACACCGGAGUUUGAUGUCAUUCUGAAUAGUUUGAUCAACAAAGGUAUUGUGAAAUCCAGCAUGAUAACCGAUGUUAAGGAUGACACUGCACCUGUCGCCACCCUUAACCUGUCAAGUUUCAGUAAGAAGAGGGAAGACGCCAUCAACAACAUCCUACUGGCUUCCCAAAUGCUAUGCAUAGAUUCUGAAGAUUACCCUGUGAGGUACUUCUUGGAACCUUUCAUGUAAUCUUUCAUAGGACAUUUGAGGUUAAAAGGAUUAUGCGGAGUAAAAUGCACUUUAGAUCAAUUUACGGAUGACUUACGUGGUAGUGAGAAGAGGGUCCCUAAAGCCAAACCGAAGUAUCCCCAGGUCUUUAUGUGGUGUUGCUGCUGCAGC